AAACCCUCCAGGUGGAAAGAAAGCCCCAGAAAUCGCCAAGAGAAUGGCCGUGUCCUGGGAGAGACAUUUCCGACUGGCCUUGCAAGACAAGCUGCCGAUGAAGAUCCCGGAGCGGAAUCCCGGCCGCUCCCUGCCAGUGCUGUGUCUCCUGCAGAAGAGGCAGGAGCUGGUGGAUGUGGACCGGGGCCUGCGGGCCCAGAGGGAGGCGUUCCAGAACAGGAUGGCAGUCCUGAUGCAGCGCCGGGAACAGUUGGAACAGAAGAAGCAGGAGCUAAAGGGGUCCUUUUUCCGCUUUGACAAGUUCUUGCAGGACGCCGAGGCCCGACGGAGCCGCGGGAUGCGAAGGCCAUCACACCUUAACGGGGACGGACGGGGCGUUCUCCAGGAGUCCAAGUGGGUUCAGAUCCAGAACACAGCCGCUGAGAAGACGCUGCUGCUGGGCCGCGUGAGGAUGGCGGCGCUCAACCUGUUCCAGUUGGUGUGCCAGCAUCAGAGGCAGCCGCCUGCCCUGGACCUCGAGGACACGGAGGGGCAGCUGGAGCAGGUGAAGCUGUUCCUCCUGGACCUCUCUGCCGUGCUGGCCAGCCUCCCCCAGAGUGAGCCCGAGACCGCGGCCCCCUAGCCCGACCCUGAAUGGGGAGAAUUGUCCUGCUCUGUAGCUUUGUUAGGAUUCAAUGCGUUAACAUAGUGCUGAGAACUCGGCCCGGAACACAGGAAGCACCGUGAGUGUUAACUGCUCUUUGAGAAUUACUAUUUCAGUCUCAUUCAUCAGAGACCCCAGCAGCUGCACGCAAGGAGGAAGCUCCGUUAAAUGUAUGACAAGUUAAUGAAACCCAGUGAAGUGUGUCCUCAGAAAACAGACCCCAGGUGUGGCUGACCCAGGGAGGGGCCCCAGCAGCCUUUGGGGCACAGGAUCCCCAUGCUCUCAUAUGGAAAAACUCAUCCAGUUGCUCACGUAGAAUUGGGCACUGUACAUAGCUCACUGCAUGCAGUCCACACCUCAUUUUUAAAAAACGAAACAUAUGGGGAAAUGUAUACAAAAGUGAUAGCACGGCUGGGAGAAUACUUCAGCAUAACCUGGGUGGAGGGGGUAGCAACGGAUGAGUCAGGACUGGCCAUGAGUUGAUAACUGAGUACCUGGGAGUUCAUUAAAGUCAUAAGCCCCGGCCAGGCCCGUGUCCCGCUCCGGUGCUGCCCUCCGGUGUCUGCACAUGGAACUGCAGCCCGAGCUAAUGAGGGUGCAGGUGCCAGGAGCUGUCUUCCUCACCAGCCAGGCC